AGCAGAAGAAAAAGGAAAGGUGCUUUCAAAGGAAAUAAUUCAAAAUCAAAGCAUCAAGGGAAAAAGAGUGAGAAGAUGAGGGCAUAUUAGUCAUUUAAACUAGGUAGUUUCAGAUGAACGUUGGAGAAAAAAUAUGAGAUCCCCAACUUGGAGAUGAACAAUUUGGAGAACGGAUAAAAAAAAGUUAAAAAUUAUUAAAGUCUCUCCUUCGUCUCUCUCUCAUUGCUCAAACUCUGGCGUAGAAGACUAAUAACUGAAAGCAGAUCUAUUCAGCAAGAAGGAGGAGAAGAUGUAUGAGCAGCAGCAGCAGCAUUUAAGCGAUUCUGGAUUUGGGGAUGAUAGCUCGUGGCUCGCGGCUGAUGACGAUCUCCUCCGUUUGCCUCCUCAUCACCAAUCUGAUGCCGCCGCAGCAGCAGCAGCUACGAACUCCGGAAACGAGAAUCUGGAUCGGCGUCUUUUGAAAGAUCUCGUCGAGAUGGUUCCCCUCAUCGAGCAGUUCAUGGAACACAAAGAAAAGAGUUCGUUUAAGAGGAGAGGUUCAAUGGUCUACACUAAGAUGCCUUCCAAAGAAUCCUUGUCCAGAAGGGGAAGAAAUGCUUCUCAGACAGUCCCAGGAAGAAAGAAGAGAGACGCAGAGGGAAAUAAUAACGAUGCUGUGAGCGAUCCUAAGGAAGUCGGUGAAAACGCAAGGGCUUUGGCUGGUGCAGAAAAGGAUGAACUUACAAGACUUAGAGAGCAAGUGAGUGAAUUGCAGACGAAACUAUCAGAGAAAGAAGAGGUUUUAAAGUCGGUGGAGAUAUCAAAGAAAAAUCAGCUAAAUGAGAUGCAGAUGAAGCUUGAAGAAACCAGACGGUUGGUUGCUGAAAGGGAUACGUUGAUCAAGUCUAUGCAGCUACAGUUAUCUGACACAAAGAUCAAACUUGCAGAUAGACAAGCAGCUCUUGAGAAGACCCAAUGGGAAGCAAAGACAACAGGAACGAAAGCAAUCAAGCUUCAAGAACAGCUAGAUGCUGUUGAAGGAGACAUCUCUUCUUUCACACGGGUAUUUGAAACUCUGGCGAAAACAGAGUCCAAGAAACAAGACAUGGAUUAUGAUGCAACUCCAUACCAAUUUGAUCAUCUUCCAUAUAUAGACGAUAUAGAUGAAACCGAACUGAGGAAAAUGGAAGAUGCAAGAUUAGCUUAUGUAGCAGCUGUGACUACCGCAAAGGAAAGAGAAGAUGAGGAGUCUCUAGCCAUGGCUGCUAAAGCUCGUGCCUACUUGCAAUCACUAGCUUUUAAAUACUAAUCAUGUUCUUCAUGUGUUCUUUAUAGGAUUUUCCGUCUUUAGUUUAUGUAGGUGUAUGUGGAUUUGUACCAUGAAAAAAUUGGAGAAAAACAAACAGAAAGUAAUGGUUUCUACCGAAUCACGAAUGCAUUCGAGUUUUUGUUACUCAUUUGAGCUUGUAUCAUAUUGUUUGUUUAUUAUAUGAUAUUCAAAGGGAACAUUAAA